CCUUGAACAGCGACAACAACUUACACAGGACUUCAGUCCCGACGUUCAAAAUGGCUGCUGUAAACAUUUGCCGUAGGUGCUUGCAAACAGCUGCAGCAAGGUCCCACGUACCGCUUAUCAGAUUUCCUCAAAGGGAUCCUCUCUUGGGAAGAUUUCCACUGCUUGAAAAGAUAAAAAGCAUGGUGAUACCAAAGUCUACUGUUCCGAAGUUGCAGACAAAAGAGCAUGGCAUAAUUUUAGAAACUGUCAGUGAAUUGCCUGCAAAAUAUCGAAGACAAGAAAUAUCUCAAGAGGAGAUUGCAUACAUUGAACGUGGUGGACCUGAGUGAAUUCAGAUCGCAAGAGCCAUAGGAUGGAAGAAUGUUUUCUGUGACAUUUACUUUUUGUCUAGCCAGUUACACCAAAAGGUCUGUCUUCUUAAUUAAUUUUUAUUAAUAAACAAUUAAUUCACCGAAGCUUCAUUUUCAAGGUUAAGUGUUUCUCUUAAUUUUGCUGAAGUAUUAGCUCACAACAAAGAUAAUUUUAUUUAAGCAUGUGUACAUAAUAUAUUUGAAGGCAAGUAA